UCACCGAUUUUAUACACCGGUUAGAUACAAAUAUAUAAUAAACACAAAUACAUAUAAUUAGCCAUGUUUACGUUGUCCGACGGAGUACUUAUUAACCAAUGUAGUUUACCUUUAUUUAGUUGAGACUGUCAUUGUGACAUAUAUUUAUGUUCAUAAACGCAAGGACGCUUCUUCCGUAUCUGGGAACGACGAGGCGGAACUUUACAUCUGUACUUCUUUUUACGUUAGCGUAAAUUCGCUUCAAUGGCGGAGGUGGCUGCAGCUGGGGGAGCUGGUCCCGAUGUCAACACAACUGGAAACCCGACAGAAAUGGCCAUGGCGUACUUACAAGACGAGAAGACUGAUGGAGACAUCCCAGACAUCAACCUGGGAGAAUUAGACCUCACCACUGAUGAGUUCAUCCUGGAUGAAGUGGACAUUCAUAUCCAGGCCAAUCUGGAGGAUGACCUUGUGAAGGAGGCGCUCAAAACGGGUGUUGACCUCCGUCAGUACUCCAAGCAGGUGGAGUCAGAGCUGCAGAGGAUUGAACAAGCCUCCAUUAAAGACUACAUCAAGGAGAGUCAGAACAUCGCUCUGCUGCACAACCAGAUCACUGCCUGUGACUCCAUACUGGAGCGUAUGGAGGGCAUGCUGAGCGGCUUCCAGUGCGACCUGUCCUCCAUCAGCAGUGAGAUCCAGACUCUGCAGCAGCAGUCGGUCAGCAUGAACGUGCGGCUGAAGAACCGGCAGGCGGUGCGCAGCCACCUCAGCCAGCUGGUGGACGAGCUGGUGGUGCCCGGAGCCAUGAUCUCCACCAUCCUGGACAGCCCUGUGACGGAGCAGGGCUUUCUGGAGCAGCUACACGAGCUCAACAACAAGAUCAACUUUGCCAAAGAGCUGAGCUUCAGAGAGACGCUGGCCUGCUCCGACAUCCAGGACAUCGUGGACCGCCUCAAACUCAAGGCGGUGUCAAAGAUCCGAGAGUUCAUCCUCCAGAAGAUUUACUCCUUCAGGAAGCCAAUGACAAACUACCAGAUCCCCCAGAACACUCUGCUCAAGUACAGAUUUUUCUAUCAGUUCCUCUUGGCCAAUGAGAGAACCGUUGCUAAGGAGAUCAGAGAUGAGUAUGUGGACACGAUGAGUAAGAUUUACUACAGCUACUUCAAGUCGUACAGCGGCCGGCUGCUCAAAGUGCAGUAUGAGGAGGUUGCAGACAAAGAUGACCUGAUGGGAGUAGAAGACACUGCCAAGAAAGGUUUCUUCUCCAAGCCGUCUCUGAAGAGCAGGAACACCAUCUUCACUGUGGGCCAGCGGGGGGCCAUCCUGAGUCCUGUCGAGCUGGAGGGGCCCAUCCUGGUUCCACACACAGCUCAGAGAGGAGACAGCAGGUAUCCCUAUGAGACGCUGUUCCGCAGCCAGCACUACGCUCUGCUGGACAACGGCUGCAGGGAGUUCCUCUUCCUCUCCGACUUCUUCAUGGUGACAGGAAACUCUGCCCUCGACCUCUUCAACAGCAUCAUGGGAAAAACUCUCAGCAUGUUCCUGAAGAGCAUGUCCACUUAUGUGUCCGACUGCUACGACAGCAUCGCUGUCUUCCUCUGCAUCCACAUCAUCCUCCGCUUCAGAGCCAUCACCGUCAAGAGGACCAUCCCCGCUCUCGACAAGUACUGGGAGGCGGUGUUGGAGCUGCUGUGGCCGAGGUUUGAACUGAUCCUGGAGAUGAACAUCCACAGCAUCAGAAACACAGACCCUCAGAAACUGGGAGUACUGGAUACCAGACCGCACUAUAUCACUCGUCGUUACGCAGAGUUCUCGUCGGCCAUCGUCAGCAUCAACCAGACGUUUACCAACGAGAAAACACACACUCUGCUCGGACAGCUGCAGGUGGAGGUGGAAAACUUUGUUCUGAAGAUGGCGGCAGAGUUUCCCUCCAGAAGAGACCAGCUCAUCUUCCUCAUCAACAACUACGACAUGAUGCUCAGCGUCCUCAUGGAGAGGGCAGCAGACGACAGUAAGGAGGUGGAAGGUUUCCAGCAGCUGCUCCUGGCCAGGACCCAGGAGUUUAUCGAGGAGAUUCUGUCCCCCCCCUUCGGAGGGAUGAUCGCCUUUGUGAAGGAGGCCGAGGCUCUGAUGGAGAAAGGGCAGCUGGACCGACUGAAGAACGAUGAAGCUCGUAUCACUCAGCUGAUUCGGGGCUUUUCCAGCUCGUGGAAACAGUCUGUGGAGGCGAUGAGUCAGGAUGUGAUGAGGUCCUUCACCAACUUCAAGAAUGGAACCAGCAUCAUACAGGGCGCUCUGACCCAGCUGAUCCAGUACUACCACGGCUUCCACAAGGUCCUGAACCAGCCCAGCUUCAGGAGCCUGGCCGUCCGCUCGGAGCUCAUCAACCUGCACCACCUCAUGGUGGAGGUGAAGAAGCACAAACCCAACUUCUAACAGGAAGCUGCGUCAGCGGGGACACACACCUGGAGUCUCCUCUAGUCUCCGCCUCUGACGUUUAUUCUGUAAAGCAUUAACAAAACACACUUUGCUGCAUAUUCCCUCCAGCUGCAGAUCAUAUCAGUCGGUAUCCAUAUGGACCAAGUUAUUGAAUGUUUCUAUUUAUUUCAUCUCUUUAGAGAUGUGGGGGAUAAUCGAUUACCCUAAUAAUAACAAUCAAGCUGUGCAUUUAGACUUACGAUGUAUGCAAACAAUAUUACUUAUGAUAGAUGAACAUAUGUUAACGUCCACUCAGUUCUGCUGCUUAUAGUUUUCUGCUGAAAUUCAAAACAUGUUAAAAUAAAUGAAAGGAAAUGCUCUUUUAUUUAACAAAUUAAACAUUGAUGUGAACACAAACGCACCGAUGCAAAAAGGUAUGACAGUUGCAGUUUUCUACUGGCGCUCUCUUUGAAAUAAUUCCGAUCCCUGACAAGAGUCGCAGUAUGGCGUUGCAGUUAAGUGACGUCUAGUGGGUACCUCUUUCUUAACAGUUGUAUGGACGGUAAUAGAGCUCUCAAAGAAAAUACAUGAAUGGUCUGAGAGCGCAACAUCAGUCACCACAAGCUUAGAGAUGUUCAGACCCUUGGAUACAUGUAAGUCCAGAGUGUGCCCCUUAUUGUGCGUCGGACCCUUCACAUGCUGAGUCAGUCCAUAAUUAUCGAUAACAAAAAACAGUUCUUUAGCCCCUCUGUCCUGGGGGUUGUCAACAUGGAUAUUAAAAUCGCCAACAAUGAUUAAAUGGUCAAAGUCAAUACAAACUAUAGACAGCAACUCGGUAAAAUCAUCAAAAAAGCUUGCACAGUAUUUAGGUGGUCUGUAGAUGUUUAGGAAAAGAGCUCGAGAGGAGAAUUUCAACAGAAGGGCAACAUAUUCAAAAGAAGCAAAGUUUCCAAACAUAGUCUGCUUGCAUUGAAAUAAGUCAUUAAACAAAAUAGCUACUCCACCCCCUUUCUUAUGUAGUCUUGCCUGACUCAUAAAACUAAAGUUGGAAGGAGUUGAUUCUAUAAGAACAGCUGUGCUGUUGUUUUGGUCUAACCAAGUUUCAGUUAAAAACAUAAAAUCCAGGUUGUGCUUGGUGAUAAAAUCAUUGAUUAAAAAUGAUUUACCUGCUAAAGACCUGACAUUUAAUAGAGCCAGUUUAAGUGUGUUCGAUAUACUAUCACUCUGAUUGCUUGUGAUAGACCGUGGAGUGCAUGGAAUCACUGUUAAAUUCCAUACAUUUAAACAGAUGCUUUUGGAUUUUCUGUUUUUAACCUGAGUCACCAACCUUCUGUGUAUGUUGGUUAUAACAGAAAUGGGUCGCUGCACUGGCAUAGAAGCAUCUGGUCGUUGGGUGGCGCCAGAGAACAGAAGGAAAUAAUGGCUGGCCUGGGGACUAUUUUCAGCGGUGGAUUAAUCCACACAAAGCGUUUCAAAGACAAAACAAUAUCAGAAUUGGAUUCAGAAUAUCUUAGAAACAAUAAACAGAAGAAAGCAUGAAAGCAGCAGAGAGAAGAAUACAAAAUAGAAGGGACUAAAUUAUUAAUGUAAUUAAUCAUACAGAACACCACCACACUGACCCCUUUACAGACUCAUUCCCUCACUUAAUUGGAGUGAGUAUGGAAGAUCUGGUGUGCCUUUUCUUAUUUAUUUAGCUGUGCAAAAUUAAUAUUUUUGCACUUAUUUGCGUAAAAAGUCAUUCCAGUGGAAACAAAUGUAGGCUAUGUGGCGUUUAACAAUAAAUAAUGGAAAUAUGA